ACAACAAUUACAAUGCAAAUAUCAAAUAAUAAACAAAAGGGAGAGGUCAUUGUAUCACAGGAUGAAUCCACUAAAACCAAAUUCUCAAGACAGGCCUAUACACGUAAAAAUAAAAAACUUAGACGUGAUCAGAAACAAACUGAGAUGCUUCACGAGCUGGAUGUUGACAUCCCUUUGUAUUUAUUAUUUGGAGAGGGAGUAGACAAAGAAUUGCUAGUUGAAACUAUAAUUAGAGAAGCAAAAUCCUCUGACAGUAACUCUCUUGAGUUGCCUGAAAUUCUGUCAAAUUUUCUCUCUCUAGUCUAUACUGACAUUAUUAGAAAGACCGAUAUCGGCAUUGAGAGAUCAUCACCUAAUACUGCUAAUAAUCGAUUGCUUAAAGAGGCAGAAUGGUCUAUUAAAAAGAAAGCACAUACGACAGCACCUCAGAUUGUUGUAGAAAAAACUCCAGUACGAGAAAAAACUCAUCUGAUCAUAUCAGCACAUCAUAAUCUCCAAUCAAUAAGUAAAUUGGUCCAAUUCAAACAUAUAACAAAAUCAGAGUGCAUUAUGGAUCUAAGUGGUCGAAUAUUAGUUCACUUAGAUCAACUUGAUGACUACAAUACCAUCAUACUUGCAACCAAUGCUGUAAAUAAUUAUUAUUUCCAUACGUUGGAGCAUCCUUCACAUCAAAGCGACGAAUUUUGGACCAAUUUUAUUGAACAUUUUGGGGCUUAUACUAGAAACAACUUGCUCCCUUUUACAAGCUCCAAUACUGCAAGUACGUAUAACAUUGAUCACUAUGAAUGCGUUAACAAAUUACUUCAGGGUCUCAAGGCAUUAUCAGACUCUGUCAACCGGUUCCUUCGAGAUUAUUAUGGAGAUUUAUAUGUGAAACUAAGCAGGUUGUCAUGGGGUCCAUUUGCACCAAAGCUCUUUGGAGUUUUCCUAAUGAUAGCUAUCAAUUUUAAUACCACUAGUGACUAUCAUUGGGAUGAACAUGAUGAGGCAAAUAGUUUAUGUGUCUUAGUUGCACUGGGGAUUACGAAGGGGGAGAGUUAUGUUUCCCCAGCUCCAGAUGGUCAUACAUCUUCAGCCAGGACAAAUCGUAGCAUUUGUCUCACGUUUAUUACUCCAUGGCAAUUUUUCAUUUAUAAAAAGGCUGAAAUUGAAAAAGGUUGUGGGCCAAUAGUUUCUGAGCAGGACCUUAAUAAUGCUCAAGGUUUAAACCAUCGCGAGCAACUUUCCAAACCGAAAGCAAAACAAAUACAGAUCCCUUCUACUGUAUCUGAUCGGAGAUGA